AUGUCACAAACUACGAAUUCAUACGAUAGCUUCCAGGAUGCGGAUCUGUGCUCAGCCGCGUUCGCGGAGAAGCAAGAUGAAAAAGAUAAGCUCACCAAAUUGAGAGAAGACUUCUACAUUCCUACGAAAGGCGACCUGAUAAACAAGAAAUAUGGCUUCCAGAAGUCUGGGAAUAAUGCCAAAGGACAUGAAAAUGGGAAGUGCAUAUACUUCUGCGGUAAUUCACUGGGUCUGCAGCCCACACGAACGAAGGAAUAUAUCAACCGAUACUUAGACACUUGGGCAUCCAAAGGCGUGUUUGGGCACUUCACGGACUAUGAGGGAGGUCUGCCACCAUGGCUACACAUCGACGAUGCCGUCAAGGAGCAGACAUCCAAGAUAGUCGGAGCAUUACCCAGUGAAGUGGUGAUCAUGGAGACGCUGACUGCAAACUUACAUUUGCUAAUGUCGAGCUUCUACCGACCGACCAAGGACAGGUGGAAGAUCAUUAUUGAGGGCAAGGCGUUUCCCAGUGACCAUUAUGCCGCUCUCUCUCAAAUCGCACACCACGACCUUGACCCUUCAGCACUCAUCACCAUCGAACCUCCCUCGUCUUCCGCACCAUACUUGUCAAACGAGCACAUACUCUCUGUGAUAUCGAAGCACGCCGCCACCACUGCACUAGUCUUGCUUCCUGGCAUACAAUUCUACUCGGGCCAAUUUUUCGACAUCGAGUUGAUAACACGGCACUGUCGCGCACUGGGCAUCACUGUUGGUUGGGAUCUUGCACACGCGGUAGGAAACGUACCACUCAAGCUUCAUGACUGGAACGUCGACUUCGCAGCAUGGUGCAACUACAAAUACAUGAGCGGCGGUCCAGGUGUCAUUGGUGGCGCAUUCGUGCACGAACGGCAUGGCACAGUCGGAGAAACAGCACCCACAACUACACCGGACGGUACGAACGGCAACCCAAAGACCAUCUCUGAUGAAUCUCUUACCUACCGUCCCCGUCUCAGUGGCUGGUGGGGUAACGACAAAUCCAGCCGCUUCACAAUGGACAACAAAUUCGUCCCAAUCCCUGGCGCCAGCGGUUAUCAACUCAGCAACCCCAGCGCCCUCGACAUGACAUCGGUAAUGGCUAGUCUCGACGUCUUCGCCCUGACCACCAUGGACGCACUACGAGAACGCAGUAUUCGACUGACGGGAUAUCUCGAAGCGCGACUCCUGCGGUAUCCUGGCGGAGAGCCACCGUAUACCAUCAUCACGCCGACGAAUCCGGCCGAGCGCGGCGCGCAGCUGAGUGUGAUGCUGAGGCCUGGGAUGUUGGAUAGCGUGCUGCAUCAUCUGGAGAAAGAAGGCGUUGUCGUGGAUGAGCGGAAGCCGGAUGUGCUUCGGAUUGCGCCGGCGCCGCUGUACAAUACGUUCCGCGAUGUUCAUGACUUCAUUGGAAUAUUCCAUGAGGCGUGUCGGAAGGCUCUUGUUAAGCCUGCUGAAGCGCCGAAACAUAGCGAGGGCGUUCCUAAGGCGAUUCAGACUACGUAG